AUGGAAGAGUUUCAAUGUUCAUUUCUUAAUCUGGUUGUGUUGCUGGUGAUAAAUGGAGUGACCAUUUAUUGUGAAUGGUACCCUAGCGCAACUGUCACAAUUUGCAAAACAAAUGAACCGAAGAAAGGGGGAAAACUGCAAUUUCCAGUAGCUAAUGGAGACAAGGGCUACGUGCUCAAGCAUCAUGGUCAUACCAUGUAG